AUGUGUGGAAUUGUUUAUUGUUUUUCACGUGCUGAAUGUGAAAAAAGUGCUGCUUAUUUAACGAAAAGUGGUGUUACAGCACAAGCUUACCAUGCAGGUUUAGAUGAUCAAGAUAGAACUGAUGUACAAACAAGAUGGGCUAAUGAUGAAUAUCAAGUAAUUUGUGCAACAAUUGCUUUUGGAAUGGGAAUUGAUAAACCAAAUGUUCGUUUUGUUAUUCAUUUAUCAAUGCCAAAAUCAAUUGAAGUUUGGUUAUUAUCAAGAAUCUGUCGAGCUGGACGUGAUGGUGAACAAGCAUAUUGUUAUCUAUUUUAUAGUUAUCAAGAUUUAGUUAAAACAAAACGUUUAAUAAUGACUGAACAAUCAGCAAAUGCAACACGUGAAGCAAAAAAAGUUCGAUUAGCUAAUCUUCAUCGUGUUUAUGCAUAUUGUCUUAAUAAUGUUGAUUGUCGUCGAACAUUAUUAUUGGAAUAUUUUGGUGAACAAUAUUUAUCAAGUCAAUUUGAUCAACUUACUAAACAAUUAAAAACAACAACUAUUAAUCAAGUUAUUGAUAUAUUAAAAGGAAGUAAACAAAAAACUAUUAAAGAUGCUGGAUAUGAUAAAUUAGAACAAUUUAAUAUUGCAGAAGAAGUUUCAAGAACAAAUUUAGAACGUUUAAUAUCAAAAUUAAUUCUUGAAGAUUAUCUUCAUCAAGAUAUUUCAAUAAAUGAUACAUAUGGUACAGCAAGUGCAUAUAUUCGUCUUGGUAAAACAACAAUAUUUUCUAUUCCAAUAACAUUAUCAGUUUGUAUAAAAAAAGAAAAUCCAAAUGUAUCAUCAACAAUAUCAAAAAAUUCUACACGUAAUCGUCUUGUUGAUGCAUGUCUUAUGAAAUUAAAAGAUGAACUUAAAUUAAUAUCAUCUCAAUAUAAUAUUAAAUAUUCAACAAUAUUAAGUGAAAAAGCUUUAAAACAAAUGUCAUUAAUAAUGCCACGAACUAAAGAAGAUAUACUUUUAACAAUAACUUGUUUAUUUGGUUCAAAAUUAGAUGAAGAAAAAAAUGAUCAAUUUAAAAAUGGUGGUUUAAAACGUAAAAGAGAAUUAUCAAUAACAACAACAACAAGUAGUUAUUUUCAAGAUAAAAAAAAAUUCAAUUUUGAAGAAAAGAAAAUGAUUAUUAUUUCUUAUUAA